CUUACGUAAAGAAUAAUGUUUGCUGCCGAAAUUUUAACUGUUAACUCUUGGAGACUUGACCGCUACUUCGACCUCGCUGAAGCUGAUCGCCGACUCUCUCAACUCCGAUUCCACAUUUUCCCGGCGACUUCACGGCGAGAUAUUUAAUCACGUUAAUUCAACCUGCACUCCAAAUUCUUUCAUUGUAUAUUAACAGGAACAGUUCUUUGAAAACAUGGGCACUGAAUAUGCUAAUGGUCCUGCCAUUCCCUCGAGGCCUGUUUCUCCCUUUAGUGUUGCACAAAGUUCAACACCCUUUCAAUCAUCUGGCCCUGUGGUUGGAUCCGAAGCUUCUGCAUUUCGGCAUGCUUCUCCUAGUUCUUCCCAGAUUACGUCUCCUUCCUCUGCAUCUGGUGCCAUGGUUGGAACUGAGGCCUCUGCUUUUAGAACAAUGCCAUCAGGUAUGCCUAAUGAUGCAGCUAGGCCACCUCCAACAUCUGCAUCUCCAUAUGGACCACCAGCUGCUAGCCCUUACCAAUGCUUUCCAGCACCACAGUUUUCUUCUACAGCUGGGGUACCUCCACCAUGCACUUCACUUGCAGGCCAACCUGUUUUACGACCACCAGUUAGACCCGUUUCAGGUCCCUUCUCAACAUCUCAUGUUUCCCUAAAUCCCCAAAUCCAACCUCCUCAUGGUCCGAUGGGAUUCCCCCCUCAAAGUGCGAGCAUGGUGCAACCCGGUGUAGUUGUUCCUCGGUCACCCGUAGAUACCCAGUUUUCUGCUGCCAGGGCGACCAUGCAUCCAUCUUCACCACCAGCAGGUCCAGCUUAUCCUGCUGGCAGACCCGGCUUUCAAUCUGCUUUUCCAGGGUAUAUGAGUCAUCAAAAUACAGCGGGCGCACAGGCUCAACCAAGACAAUCUUUAGCCUUUCCUUCUCAGCAAGGUGGUUAUGUUCCGACAAUGGCAGCAACAUCUAGCCCCUAUCUUGCCCAACAAGGAGGCUAUGCAGCUCCACCAUCAGCAGCAUCUCAACUGGGUAGCUCAAGGGAACAAAUGCAGCAUCCAGGGUCUACACCUCCUACAGCAGUUAUGCAGGGUUUAGUGGAAGAUUUCAGUUCCUUCUCUAUUGGGUCUGUUCCAGGAUCAUUUGAUCCGGGGCUUGAUUCUAAAGUUCUACCAAGGCCAUUGGAAGGUGACCUGGAACGGAACCCUUUGUCCGAGAUGUAUCCGAUGAACUGUAGCUCAAGAUAUUUGAGGCUAACGACUAGUGGCAUACCGAAUUCUCAGUCCUUGGCUUCAAGGUGGCACUUAACUCUUGGAGCAGUUGUUUCCCCUCUUGCUGAAGCUCCUAAUGGGGAAGAAGUUCCAGUAGUUAAUUUUGCCCCAACUAGCAUCAUACGGUGUAAAAGGUGCCGGACUUAUGUGAAUCCCUAUGUGACAUUUACAGACAGUGGAAGAAAGUGGCGAUGUAACUUAUGUGCAUUGCUUAAUGAUGUUCCUGGCGAAUAUUUUGCCCAUUUGGAUGCCAGUGGCAGAAGAACCGAUUUGGAUCAAAGGCCUGAACUUACCCAGGGGAGCGUGGAGUUCAUUGCUCCCACUGAUUACAUGGUCCGGCCUCCAAUGCCUCCACUUUACUUUUUCCUCAUCGAUGUAUCUGUAUCUGCUGUGAAGAGUGGAAUGCUCGAGGUUGUAUCACAAACGAUCAAGAGUUGUUUGGACAAUUUGCCUGGCUUUCCCAGAACACAGAUCGGGUUUAUAACUUAUGACAGUACAUUACACUUUUAUAAUAUGAAGUCAUCCUUGACUCAGCCACAAAUGAUCGUCAUGUCAGAUCUGGACGAUGUAUUUAUUCCGUUGCCAGAUGAUCUCCUUGUCAAUUUGUCGGAAUCAAGAACUGUGGUAGAUGCAUUUUUGGACAGCUUGCCUUCAAUGUUCCAGGAGAAUGUAAAUGUGGAAUCAGCAUUUGGUCCAGCUCUUAAAGCAGCCUUCAUGGUUAUGAGUCAACUUGGUGGUAAAUUGCUGAUCUUUCAGCACGCUCUUCCAUCAUUAGGUGUUGGCCGCUUAAGGCUGCGAGGAGAUGAUCUUCGUGUUUAUGGAACUGACAAGGAGCAUACACUGAGAACUCCAGAAGAUCCUUUCUAUAAACAGAUGGCCGCCGAUUUCACCAAAUAUCAAGUAGCAGUUAAUGUAUAUGGUUUCAGCGACAAAUAUACUGAUAUAGCUACAUUAGGGACUCUUGCGAAGUAUACAGGUGGUCAGGUAUAUUACUAUCCAAGUUUCCAAGCUGCCGUUCACAAAGAAAAAUUACAUCAUGAGUUAGCCAGAGAUCUUACAAGGGAGACUGCUUGGGAGUCUGUCAUGCGUAUAAGAUGUGGAAAAGGUGUUCGAUCCACUACGUAUCAUGGGAACUUCAUGCUGAGAUCUACUGAUCUAAUGGCACUUCCAGCUGUUGACUGUGAUAAAGCAUAUGCGAUGCAGUUAUCGCUUGAGGAAACAUUGCUUACAUCUCAGACGGUCUAUUUCCAAGUAGCCCUAUUAUACACUUCAUCUUCUGGAGAAAGGCGCAUUAGGGUGCACACAGCAGCAGCACCUGUGGUCGCAGACUUAGGAGAAAUGUAUCGCCUGGCUGAUACGGGUGCCAUUGUUUCUCUUUUUACGAGGCUGGCUAUUGAGAAAGCUCUGACCUCUAAAUUGGAGGAGGCUCGAAAUUUUAUUCAACUCCGGAUUGUGAAAGCUCUUAGAGAAUAUCGAAAUCUCCAUGCUGUCCAACACUGCCUAGGAGGGAGGAUGAUAUAUCCAGAAUCUUUAAAGUGCUUGCCCUUGUAUGGAUUAGCAUUAUGUAAAUCGAUAGCCUUCCGUGAUGGGUAUGCUGAUGCUCAGCUUGAUGAACGCUGCACUGCUGGAUACACCAUGAUGGCUUUGCCUGUUAAAACAUUGUUGAAACUUCUUUAUCCGCAGUUGAUUCGUGUAGAUGAAUAUCUUCUAAAAAAACCAUCUUUGGCUGAGGAUUCUAUAGACAUAUGGAAUGGGCUUCCACUUGCUGCAGGGAGUUUAAAUCCUCAAGGUCUCUAUCUCUAUGACGAUGGUUUUCGGUUUGUCUUGUGGUUCGGUAGGGUGCUUUCACCUGAUAUACUUAACAAUUUGCUUGGGGAAAACUUUGCUGCUGACUUCUCUAAGGUUUCUCUUCGAGAACUAGAUAAUGAAAUAUCAAGAAAAUUGAUGGGCUUGCUUAACAAGUACAGGGAAAGUGACAGCUCAUAUUAUCAAUUAAGUUAUCUUGUGAGACAAGGUGAACAGCCUAGAGAAGGAUACUUCCUGCUUGCAAAUCUAAUUGAGGAUGCAGUUGCUGGUGCAAAUGGUUAUCUUGAUUGGAUUACGCAAGUUCACCGGCAAGUCCAGCAAAAUGCAUAAUUUAAGUUUCUUAUGUGCUUGCAAGUUGCACCAUCAAUUCCUGGUUACUUCUCUGGUUGCAGAUCCUCCAUUUUAUCAGUAUUCUUUGUUUCCAGUUUUCUUGGUCCACUGAGCUGUCGUUCUCGUAGGACAUUGGAAGUGAUGAUGUGCCCAUUAUAUAUGGUCUGCUGGAUGAGCUAAAGCUUUCAUAUAAGAAACUCUGCUAUUAGUAUCGACACUGCUGAUUGCUUCAUUUACCUGAUUUAUGGUGUAACACUAACUCGAAGAACUACUAGAGUUUGCUUCUCAAGUUGGAAUCAUUUUGAAAAUGUGCCUGGACCUGCGGAUCCGUGAUGGAGCAUUUUUGAAAUAUUGGAAGAAGGGAGAUCCCGUUUCCUAGUUCUACUGCCUGAGCAACAACAACAUACCCAGUAUUAUCCCACACCUUGGGGUCUGGGGAGGGUAGGUGUCCUUGUGAGGACAGAGAGACCGUUUCCGAUAGACCCUCGGCUCAGGAACUCUACUGCCUGAGCAUGAAGGUUUUUUAAUUUGUUGGUUUUGUGGUCUGGAAUAUUAUUAAAUUGAACAUUUGUGGAGUUGAUUGUCUUUCGUCUUCUUUUUGGGUGGGAUAGAACGUAAGUUUGCAUGCGUUCCUGGGACCUUUUUACUUAGAUGUAGGUAGGUAUGAGGUUUUGUACAUCGCAUCUUAGUUGGGGUAACCCAAAAUUUUCCUGCCCAGGAACAAUUUUGUAUUUGCUUAAGCGAGUAGCGCCAGGAAAAUUCUCUAUGGAGGAAUACGUUACGAUUAUUCAAAAUGCCAUGAAAUUUGUUUAUUAUUUUGGGUUAUACUUAUGGGAAUGAGGAUUAAGCCAAUAUAAUGAGGUGGA